CUCUCUACGAUUAGAGAUGUCGUGAAAUAACGCGCGAAAGCGCUGCUUUACCAAACGAUAGAUAGUUUUUGCUGACAAAGAAAAAUGCCAGGUCUUUUAGAGUCGUGUCGUGAUCUGUAUGACACGGAAGAUCUGUACGAUGUGCUGAAAGUAAGAAAAACUGCUAGCCUACAAGAGAUUAAGAAAGGUUACCAUAAGUUAUCGCUAAAGGUACACCCAGACCGAGUUAAGCAGGAAGACAAGAGUGAGGCCACUAAAAAGUUCCAGACUCUCGGCAAGAUCUACAGCAUUCUGUCCGAUAAAGAGAAGCGAGCAAUUUAUGAUGAAACUGGGGACAUUGAUGAGGAGAAUGAUGUGGAACAGGACAAAGAUUGGUAUGAGUACUGGAGAAUGCUUUUUGCCAAGAUAUCCAUCAAAGAUAUUGAGCAAUAUGAAAAAAAGUACAAAGGAUCUAAGGAGGAACUGAAGGACCUGAAGGCAGCCUAUCUGGAGUCUGAGGGAGACAUGGACCAGAUCCUUGAGAGUGUGUUGUGUGCUACCAUUGAUGAUGAAGAAAGAUUUGGCAAAAUACUCAAAGAGCUCAUCAAGAAGAAUGAAGUGCCAGAUUUCAAGGCCUUUAGUAGAGAAUCUAAGACAAAGAAGUCAAAGAGGAGGAAAGAGGCUGAAGCUGAGGCUGAAGAGGCUAAGGAGGCCAUGAAAGAAAUUGGAAUGAAAGAAACAGACUCCCUAAAGGCUAUGAUUCAGAAGAGACAUGCAUCACGGGGUGCUUCAGCAGACGACUUCUUCGCCCAGCUUGAAGCCAAGUAUGCUGAGCCAAAGAAGCCAAAGCCUGGCACCAGCAGAAAGUCAAAAUCAUAAUGUCUGUGGACUCGGGGAAUAUACUGGUUGGGAAUUUUGAAAUGAAAAGCCUAAGUCCAGUUUGCUUCUUAUUCCAGUCUUUGCAAGCUGGUGAUUUAGUUGUCUACCAUGGUUAUUGUUGUGAGUUAUUUAUGCUGUUAAGCAAUGGAAAUGUCGCUUUGUUGAUAUACAUUGUAUUUCACCUAUCACACUUUAGUCUUUUAAGAUGUAUUGUGAAAUAAAAAUAUAUAAAUGUU